AGAAAUGUUUUAACAGCAUCUUUGAUGUUUUGAUGUCAUGUUUCUAAUCUGUGUUUUACUGGCACAGAUGCAUUUCUUCUUUGCUGUGGUCUUACUGGUGAGCUCAGCACUAACUUUACUGGUGGAAUCAGGAAAAUGUCCCAGAGUGUGUAGCUGUGACAGCAACAAGCUCACUGUAGCCUGCGUCGGCAAAAACCUAACAGAGGUUCCCCCAACGAUAGACGAGAUCACAGUGAAACUCGACCUGAGGAAUAACAACCUGCAGGUGCUACCCAGAGGUGCGUUUGUCCUCACGCCGUACCUCACCCACCUCAACCUGCAGCGCUGCAACAUCAUCAAGGUGAAGGAGGGUGCUUUCCGGAUGCUGGGCCGUGUUGUCUCCCUAAACCUGGCCUACAACAAAAUUGACAUCCUUUACCAGGAGUCCUUUGAUGGCCUCUCCUCUUUGAAAGAGCUGUUUCUCGAUCACAACCGUGUGGAGGAGAUCCAGCCUGGAGCCUUCACACAGCUUGGCUCCCUCAACUUGCUGGCCCUUACCCACAACCAGCUGGUGUACAUCCCCAAUAUGGCCUUCCAGGGCCUGCAAAACAUCAAGUGGCUGCGUCUCAGCCAUAACUCCCUUAACAACUUGGCACCGGAGGCGUUCACUAGCCUGUUCACUCUCAACCGCCUCAGCCUGGACCACAAUGAGCUGCAGUUCUUCCCCACUCAGGCCAUGACCAGACUCCGUGAUGUCACACGCCUGGACAUGGGUUACAACUCCAUGAUCUACCUCGGGGAAGAAGCCAUCUCCAUGGCGAAGCUCACACACCUCUACCUCGACCACAUGUCCCUUCAGGACCUGUCAGACCAGGCUGUGUCCCGCGCCCCGCUCCUCUCCCACUUGGACCUCAGUCACAAUCAGCUUCGUUACCUGGAGCCUCUCUCAGGCCCCAAAGAGCUGACCAGACUCAACCUGACGGGAAACCCUAUCUACUGUAACUGCUACAUGCGGCCCCUGAGGGAGUGGGCACGUGUCGGUGGUGUGAAGCUGCUGGGAGCCUGUGCUGGACCUCCCCACCUCUCAGAUGAGCCGCUACUGGCCGUCGCUCCUCUGGAUCUACGCUGCCGCAACAGAGGGGAUACACUGAAGGAUGAGUUUGAGGAAGACGAUGAGAGCGCAGGAAGCACCCCGCCCACAGCCAAACCCAAGCAGAAAGUCAAGUGUCCAGUUAACUGUGACUGUGAUAUUGAAGCCCAGCAUGCCACAUGUGAGGGUCGAGGUCACACCAAGGUCCCACGAGGCUUCCCCACCAAGACGCAGCUGCUUGACCUGCGCAGCAACCACUUUCACUACCUUCCCACCAACAGCUUCCCAGGCAGCGGCCAAGUGGUUUCUCUUCACCUGGAAUUCUGCAAAAUCCACGAAAUCGAAGGUGGUGCCUUCCGGGGAAUGAAAAAGCUGUUUUAUUUGUAUCUUUCUGACAAUGACCUCACAUCCUUGGACCCCGAAGCUUUUGCUGGAGUCCCUGAACUCACCUACCUUCACCUGGAAGGGAACAGGCUGGCGCAAUUCCCUGGAUCAGCUCUGGCACUCCUACCAAGUCUGUUGGUGUUACACCUGGAGCGAAAUACCAUCUCAAAGCUAGAGCCCACUGGUUUGCUGUCCUCAGUAACCCCUAAGCUCAUGGAGCUUUACUUAACCAAUAACACCAUAACUGAUAUUGCCAAAGGUGCUCUGGACUCUGCUUUCCUAGGUACACUUCACCUGGAUUCAAAUCAGUUGACGGAGGUGCCAACCCACGCUCUGUCUGCGGCCCCUAAUCUGGAAGAGCUCAAACUGUCUCAGAACUCAGUUCGCUGGGUGGGACCGAACGCAUUCCAGUCCCUAUCACAAAGUCUGAAGAGGCUUAAUAUGAACCACAUGGGCAUGGAGAAGAUGUCCAGGGAUGCUCUGGCAGGUCUGGGCCCAGGACUGAAGGCUCUGACUGUGAGGGGAAACCAGCUGGAGGAGCUUCCUGACUUGAGCCCACUCACCAGCCUGGAGGUGGUCGACCUGCAGGACAACCCCCUGCUGUGUGACUGUCCUCUGUUGCCGCUACGCAGGUGGAUGGAGAAUGUGAGCUUCGAAGUGACGGCCACCUGUGGACACCCUCCUGAGCUCAGAGGUCAGAAAGUCAGAGACGUCCAUGUCUUCAAGGCCUGCCCUGAAAGCAGCUCACCUUCAGACAAGAAGGUUGUUGUGGCCCCCCCAAAAGUGAAGAACCCCAAACUCUUGAAGGUUCCCGGACUCAAGGCUAAACCCACAAAGAUCAAAGCUAAUCAGCCCAAACCAACCAAGAAUCGGCCUCAGAGGAAACCUGUGACACCAGCAGUGACAAAAAAGAAGAAGACAGUACUAAAAUGAUUUCAGGUCAUCUCUG